AUGUCGGCCCUUCGAUCCCUCGUCUCCUCCACAACCGCCAAGGCGAUCCGUCCCAGCUCACUCCUCGCUCCUUCCUCACAACGGCUGACCGCCCACCCAGCCGGUCGUCAUAUCCGCGCACCCCUGAUCACCGCUAGACACGAGUCCCAGAGUGCGUUCAGCAAGUUUGUCGAGACUUUCAAGGAGCAGAUCAAGAAGAACAAGGAGCUUCAGGAGUCUGUCAAGAAGUUGCAGGAUGAGUCUGGCAAGGCUGGCGAUAGCGAUGCCCUCAAGAAGGCCAAGGAUGCCUUUGAGAGAGCCAAGGAGAGUGCUGCUGGUGCAAGCGUAGCAACGGAAAAGCUGAAGCAGACCGCAGAGCAGUUCAAGAAGGCCACCGACAAGCUCGGAGAGACCGUCAGCGAGACCUUGAAGGGUGCCGCCGAGAACGAGUUUAUCAAGGGAUCCAAGGAGAAGAUCUCGGAAACUGGAAAGGUCUUCUCUGAGACUGGAAAGGUGUUUGCCGAGUCCGUCGAUUCUUCAACAAAGCCCCUCCGUGACAACGAGUACUUCAAGAACGUCAAGGAGUCAGCAGAGACACUUAUCCAGGACACCGAGUCCAGAUACGGAGGAUACAUCUCCAAGGCCGAGCGCCGUCGUGCCCGUGGAUUGGCCGUUGACUACAGCCCCAAGGAGGCCCAGAAGGCUGCCGCUGCUGCCGUUCCCAAGACCGAGGAGGAUGUCAACGCUGGAGAGUCGAUGGUUCUUCACAAGGACUCUGCAUGGAAGGAGACCUGGUCAAAGUUCAAGGAUACCAACCCGGUGAUGCAGAGUGUCUUCAGCAUCAAAAAGAACUAUGAGGAUUCCAACAAUGUUUUCGUUGCCUGGGCUCGCGUGGUCACCGACAAGAUCUCCGACGUCUGGGUCUCGAUGUUGGAUGAGACCGAGAACGCCAAGACCAUCAGAGCUCUCCAAAUGAUCGACCCCCGCUUCAAGAUGGACAACUUCAUGAAGGAGGCCCGCGAGUUCAUCAUCCCCGAGAUCAUGGACGCUGUCCUCAACGCCGACUCUGAGACCUUGAACGAAUGGUGCUCUGAGGCAACCUACAACGUCCUCACCGCUGGAUUCCAGGCCCAGAUCGCUCAGGGCCUCGUGAGCGACUGCAAGAUUCUUGAACUCCGUAACGUCGAUUUGGUCUCGGCCAAGGUUCUCGAGAACGAUAUUCCUGUCCUGAUCAUCUCGUUCAACACUCAGGAGGUGACCGUCUUCCGCAACCGGUUGACGCGUGAGGUUGUUUUCGGAAAGGAGGAUGCGAUUGAGGAGUGCACUUAUGCCUGUGUUAUUACGUUGACCCCUGAGACUAUGCAGAACCCUUUGACGAGAGGUGUGCGUAUUAUGGAUAUGGCUAAGCAUGGUAGCCGUGCCUACAUCUAA